AUGCCUGGUCCGCUGCAGCUGUCCGUGGCCGCCCCAAGACUAGACUCUCUCCAGGCGGCGGGGGGGAACAUGGGAAUCCAUGCCUUGGGGGACGGCAGGAAGGUCUCACCGUCAGACAUACAGCUGGUGCAGAACCUGAUAGAGAGGUGCCUGCAGGCGUACAUGCCAAAGCUGGAAGUGGUGAGCACGCUGCAGGCACAGGCGAACGUGGAGCCCAGGUUCACCACCCUGGUGUGGCAGCAGCUGGAGAGGGAGAACCCCGAGUUCUUUUGGGCUUACUACCUGCGGCUCAAGGUGAAGGACCAGAUCGUGAUGUUCAACCACCUCCUGGAGCAGCAGCUCCAGAUGGUGCAGAAGCUGCAGCGGAGGGCUGCGCCGCCAGUGGCGUCAAUUCCCGGGGAAGAAAUCACAGCCGUGCAGCCGUUUGGGACGGUACAGAUGAGCAUGGAGGGACAGAGGAUGGGUGGUGGGUCGCAGCUGGGACAGCGGUCAGGGGGACUGCUGCAGGCAAACGGGGUCUGUUUGCCCGCAAGCAGUGUGCCUGGAACAUUGGGACAGGUUACGAAUGGAGUGACCGGCAUAUCAAAGAGGGACCUGGCACAACAAGGGCAAGUCUCAAACUGUUUGUUGGGGGGCGGGGUCGUCCCUUCUUCAGCGCCUCUUCUCCCAGUGCCAGACCUCCCCAGCGCCUUGCCGGGGACGGAGCCUCAUGGACUGUCAGGCUCCUUGGCAUUGUCCUCCCCUAUGGACUUGGAUUUUGACUCGAAUUUGUUGGCCAACUGUUGGCCUAGCCCUGAUUUGGGGCUUCCAGGGGUGACUACAGACUUCAUGCUUUCGGAAAGGGACAUGCAGGGUGCAGGGACGGGGUUGGCUAAUGACCUCCAGGAGAUGGCUCAGUCGUUCAGCUAUCCCGACUUGGCAUCGCUGGACCUUCAGGUUGCCCCCUACAUCGACACGGAUGGGGUGGGCUUGGGUGCGGCAAAUAUGUGUGACCUGCCUCGUAUAGGUAGCCUGUCAGAUAUGAUGGCAUUGGACCUGGAGGCCCUGGACAAACUUGAGCCUCAUUGUCCUGCAAAUGGUUUGUGA